AUCACAUGUGCAGAUUUACUGUUGAUAAACCCAUUGAAUGCAAUAACCCUAUGCCCUCUCCCAACUUUGAAUUUCCUGUGUUCGAAGCCGAAGAAGAGGAAGAAGAGGAGAUCCCGGACGAGAUCUCUCGAUUACUUAAGCACGAGGAAAGAGCCAUUCUGCCUCACAAAGAGCCUUUAGAAAAGAUCAAUUUGGGUUCUGAAGAAGACAAAAAAGAAGUGACCAUUGGAUCGCUGCUUGAUACUGAUGUCAAGAGUAAGUUGACAGACCUUCUCAAAGAAUAUGUUGACGUGUUUGCCUGGUCCUACCAAGACAUGCCUGGGUUGGAUACCAAUAUUAUUCAGCAUUACUUGCCAUUGAAGCCAGAAUGUCCGCCAGUUAAGCAGAAAUUGCGAAGGACUCACCCUGAUAUGGCUAACAAGAUCAAAGUGGAAGUUCAAAAACAGCUCGACGCAGGUUUUCUUGUCACCUCCGAGUAUCCUCAAUGGUUGGCUAACAUAGUGCCAGUUCCGAAAAAAGAUGGUAAAGUUAGAAUGUGUGUUGACUACCGUGACUUAAACAAGGCCAGUCCAAAAGAUGACUUUCCAUUACCACAUAUCGACAUGUUGGUCGAUAACACUGCUAAGUUCAACGUCUUUUCCUUCAUGGACGGGUUCUCUGGUUAUAAUCAGAUCAAGAUGGCUCCCGAAGACAUGGAGAAGACAUCUUUCAUCACCCCAUGGGGGACAUUUUGCUACAAAGUGAUGCCGUUUGGAUUGAAAAAUGCCGGCGCAACUUACCAAAGGGCAAUGACUACUCUCUUUCAUGACAUGAUGCAUAAAGAAAUCGAAGUGUAUGUGGACGACAUGAUAGCCAAGUCCAGCACAGAAGAAGAACAUAUUGAAUACCUUUUGAAGUUGUUUCAACGGUUAAGGAAAUAUCAGCUUCGCUUGAAUCCUAACAAAUGUACUUUUGGGGUUAGAUCUGGAAAACUCUUGGGUUUCAUUGUCAGCCAAAGAGGUAUUGAAGUGGAUCCCGACAAAGUCAGAGCUAUUCAAGAGAUGCCUGCACCAAAGACUGAAAAACAAGUAAGAGGAUUUCUCGGACGAUUGAACUAUAUCUCCAGAUUUAUCUCUCAGAUGACUGCUACUUGUGGGCCAAUUUUCAAGCUUCUCCGCAAAGAUCAAGGGGUUGUAUGGACUGAAGAUUGCCAGAAAGCGUUUGACAGUAUCAAAGAGUACCUGUUAGAACCACCAAUAUUGAUUCCUCCAGUUGAAGGAAGACCACUAAUCAUGUACCUUACUGUGUUAGAAGAAUCCAUGGGUUGUAUGCUUGGACAGCAAGAUGAAACCGGUAAGAAGGAGCAUGCCAUCUAUUACUUGAGUAAGAAAUUCACAGACUGUGAGUCUCGUUACUCCAUGCUCGAAAAAACAUGUUGUGCUUUGGCAUGGGCUUCAAAACGUCUCCGCCAGUACAUGAUCAACAAUACUACUUGGUUAAUCUCCAAAAUGGAUCCGAUCAAGUAUGUCUUUGAAAAGCCUGCCUUAACAGGAAGGAUUGCCCGAUGGCAAAUGCUGUUAUCCGAAUAUGACAUUGAGUACCGUGCUCAAAAAGCAGUCAAAGGAAGCAUUCUCGCCGAUCACUUGGCGCAUCAACCAAUUAAUGAAUAUCAAUCUCUCAAGUUUGACUUUCCUGAUGAAGAUGUCUUGUACUUGAAGAUGAAAGAUUGUGACGAACCGUUACCGGAAGAAGGUCCUGAGCCUGGAUCAAGAUGGGGCCUAAUUUUUGAUGGAGCAGUAAACGCUUUUGGCAAUGGAAUUGGGGCAAUCAUCAUCACUCCCAAGGGUACUCAUAUCCCGUUCUCCGCCAGACUGCUAUUUGAUUGCACCAACAACAUCGCAGAAUAUGAAGCUUGUAUCAUGGGUCUCGAAGAAGCCAUUGACUUAAGGAUCAAGAUCCUAGACAUAUAUGGAGAUUCAGCCCUUGUGAUCAACCAAAUCAAAGACAAAUGGGAAACUUACCACCCUGGCUUGAUUCCUUACAGAGAUUAUGCAAGACGUCUGUUGACUUUCUUCAACAAGGUGGAAUUGCAUCAUAUACCUCGAGAUCAGAAUCGAAUGGCAGACGCCUUGGCUACUCUAUCUUCCAUGUUCAAAGUCAGUCACUGGAAUGAUGUGCCUAAAGUAAGAAUCACGCGCCUUGAAAGACCUGCCUAUGUGUUUGCAACUGAAGCAGUCAUCGAUGAUAAACCGUGGUUCCACGACAUCAAACGCUUCCUUCAAACUCAAGAGUACCCGCUUGGGGCAUCAAACAAAGAUAAGAAAACUCUAAGAAGACUUUCUGGCAGUUUCUUCCUGAACGGGGAUGUGCUAUACAAAAGAAACUUCGACAUGGUUUUGCUCAGAUGCGUGGACAGACACGAAGCAGACAUGUUAAUGCAUGAAGUGCAUGAAGGGUCCUUUGGAACUCAUUCAAACGGGCAUGCGAUGUCCAAAAAGAUCUUAAGAGCAGGAUACUAUUGGUUGACAAUGGAAUCUGAUUGUUAUAAACACGUGAAGAGAUGUCACAAGUGCCAGAUCUACGCAGAUAAGAUCCAUGUGCCGCCGACUCUACUCAACGUUCUCUCAUCUCCAUGGCCUUUCUCCAUGUGGGGUAUUGACAUGAUUGGAAUGAUCGAACCGAAAGCUUCAAACGGUCAUCGUUUCAUCUUGGUAGCCAUUGAUUACUUCACCAAAUGGGUCGAAGCAGCAUCUUACGCCAAUGUUACAAGACAAGUGGUUGUGAGGUUUAUCAAGAACAACAUCAUUUGCCGAUAUGGUAUUCCCAGCAAGAUCAUUACUGACAAUGGUUCAAACUUGAAUAACAAAAUGAUGAAAGAACUGUGUGAGGAUUUCAAGAUUGAGCAUCAUAAUUCUUCUCCUUACAGACCAAAAAUGAACGGCGCUGUUGAAGCCGCCAACAAGAACAUUAAGAAGAUCGUCCAGAAAAUGGUCGUCACUUACAAAGACUGGCACGAAAUGCUGCCAUUUGCUUUACAUGGGUACCGUACUUCAGUGCGUACUUCAACAGGGGCAACUCCCUUUUCUCUAGUAUACGGCAUGGAAGCUGUGCUCCCCGUAGAAGUUGAAAUACCAUCAAUGAGAGUCCUUAUGGAGACCAAGUUAUCAGAGGCUGAAUGGUGUCAAAGCAGAUACGAUCAGUUGAACUUAAUCGAAGAAAAACGUAUGACUGCUCUAUGCCAUGGACAGUUAUACCAAGCAAGGAUGAAACAAGCUUUCAACAAAAAGGUUCGACCUCGUGAAUUUCAAGAAGGCGACCUCGUGCUUAAAAAGAUCUUGUCUUUUCAACCAGACUCUAGGGGCAAAUGGUCUCCUAAUUACGAAGGCCCGUAUGUUGUCAAAAGAACAUUUUCUGGCGGCGCCAUGACUCUUGCAACCAUGGAUGGUGAUGAACUCCCAUAUCCUGUGAAUGCUGAUGCAGUCAAGAAAUACUUUGUCUAAAAAAUACAAAAGAACAGCUCGGUAAGUCGAAAACCCGCAAAGGGCGACUUAGGCAAAAAUGAGCGUCUCGGUGGACUGAAAACCUGAAAGGGCGGUCCAGGCAGAAAUUAGAGACAAUAAACAGAAAAAUUAUUAUCCUGGUAGAUUGAAAAUCUGAAAGGGCAAUCUAGGCAAAAAUUAGGGAUUUAUGACAAAGUAACUGCAUCAGUCCGUACUUCGUCACCUGAGGAGUCUUCUUCAUCAAAAGAUCUUCAAACAAAUCAUCGCCAAUCUGAAGCAACAAGCACAGUUGGAACUCAAAGUUGUUAAGGGAAUAGUGGUUAUUGCUUUCAAUGUAGCCUUUUCCGCAUAAUUACCAUUUCCAACUUUUGUAAAUACUCCGUGGAAUCAUGCCUUUAGCUGAUUACCAUCCUAUUAAAUAAAUUUGAGCCUUGUGCCCAUUUGUUUGCAAUCUUUAAUUUCUUUCAGCUUGCAAAAUAACGCUUUAAUUGUGUUAUUCACUUUUGAAACAAAAAAAGAAAAAAAGUUUUAAAUGAAUUUACUUCCCUUUUUCAAAAUAAAAGCGAAACUUUCCUUUGAGUUGUGAACAACGGAAGGAACAUCAGCAGUCGUCUCCAUAGGAUGAACAAAAGGAUUCUCCCGGAAAAAUUGUUGAGACAACGGUAUUCUUGUCCCAGAAAAGAAUUCUUAAAGCAAUUAUCCCUCGAGGUAAAGAAGCUCUUCUAUCCCCAGUGAAGAAGCUCUUCUAUCCCCAUUGAAGAAGGUCUUUUAUCCCCAGUGACGAAGAUUUUCCAUCUCCUGUGAAGAAGAUCUUCCAUCUCGAUGAGAAAAGAUGCUCAUCUUCCCCAGAGAAGUUUAAAGCACGCAGCGCCAUUCAUCACCUGUGUUAUUUACACCGUGUUGAAGAACAUUUGCCAAGUAUCUGGUUGUAUUGCGACGUCGGUCCUUCUCCAGUAUAUACUUCAUUGUUUGUCAAGUAUCGUCAGUAUGCAUGCUACAUUCAUGACAUUUAUCAUUCAUACAUAUUUGCAUCAUUUAUGCAUUCUUGCAUUUUUCAAUAAUCACUUGUUUAGGAUAUAUCUAUCCUCAAAAAGAAAAAAAGAAACAGGUAUGGGUGUGUCAUCUCUCCAAGUAGGUCGUCACCCAUAAGCAGAAAGAACAUCUUCUUUCUCCAGUUCCCCACUGAGAUCAUUCCUCGUGGAAGAAGGUUGCUUUAGUUUCUCCUCUCAAAACAAAGGAGAAAAUUCCCAUUCGAGUUCAUUCCUCGUGGGUACAAAGUCUUGUUUGACUGUCUCUUUCCAAUUCAUUCUUGGUUAGAACCUUGUCUUUACCAAAAAUUCAAAUUCCGAUUCCUCAAACAGAGUCGUGAAAAAAAUAGAACCAUAAACGAUAGCCUCAUCAUCUGAGCAGUUUAUGUUUCUUUCAAAAAAUUUCCUCUCAAGGAAAUCAUUCAUGAAGACCAUUUGACAAUCAGGGCCUUAUUACUGUUCACAAGGCUGAACAACCAGUAAUUUCCCAAGCAAAGUCUCCAGAAUCAUUUUAUCACUCGGCUGAUAAUUGAUCAUGUCUUCAAAACCACUAUCACGAGGCUGGUAGUCAGUAACUUUUUGUUCUGGUUAUAUUAUUAAACAUGUCUAUCACAGGGCUGAUAGUCGAUAAUAUUAACCGAACCUUUGAAACUCUUUUUACCUUGUCAAGUCUAUCACAAUGCUGGUAGUCGGUAAUACAGUUUCAUACCUUUCACCUUCGCAUUAUUAAACAAGUCUAUCCCCAUGCUGAUAGUCGAUAAUGUCGAUAGGUAAGCUUUUCUUACAAAGCUAUCAUUCCCCGGAGAAGCAUACACUUGCUUUCCCGAAAAGACAAAACGGAUUCUCUUCCUAAAAACGGAUUGAGACAUCCUCCCCAACCUCUUUUCCCCAGCGGAGUCAGUUUUGAUAUUCCCUCGGUAAAGACAUCCUUGCAUCAUUCGCAAUUUUGGUAUCUUAGGUCCAAAAUUCGCGUCUUCUGAUACCAUCUCCUAUCAUUUGCAUAUGCAUCAUUUACAUCUCUAACAAAUUGCAUAGCUUGUGUUUGUUACUUGUGACUCAGCAGGAUUUAAUCAGGAAAUCACCCAUCAGUACAAGUAACAAUCAAUUAGGGUUUUGUUCUCCCUUCAUCUCAAAUGAAUCAUCUUCAUCAAUAAUCAACAUUUGGUCCUCAGAGAUUCAUUUCAACAAGCUCAACAGCUUUGAAUCGACUGAAUUAGGGUUUUGACUGAAGACAGCACACUCCUGACUUUUGCUCAGAAUUUGACCUAAUGGCUUGGGACAUGAUAUCAAGACCUCAAGUGCAUCAUUUUGACCUAAUCCAUUGGCUCAUAACAUCUCCUACACAAAGAUUGAUCUGGCAAAUCCUCAGAUCAGGGUUUUGAACUAUUAGGGACCAAAAUCAGGGAUCACAUUUGGGAAACCCUAAAAACCCCCAGGGAGUCAAUCAAAGGUUUCAAUCAUCUUCAAAUAAUCCCUAUGACAACAUCCAAUGGAAAUUACAUCUCAAUUCAAGAUCCACAGUCAUCAAUUUCAUCUGGUCGACAAUUAGGGUUUUGACCUGAUUCACUGAAUAACUGACUUUUUAAUCAGGACAUGGUGCCACAACUCAAACCAUGGAUCAAUAUCCUCUAAUGCUUCAAUAUGAUCCAUUCACACCAUUCAUUUGAUGAGGAUAGCCUGUUUCAUUGAAAACUCCAGAAACGCGAUUCGUCUGAAAAAGUCAACUAUACAAGAUCACCAUUGACUUUUGGGGAAUUUUGGUCAACCAUGACUUUUGAAGUUUUUUAUCAUCAAUAUAUGAUAUGAGAAGUCAUUUGAUCAAGAAAAAUCAAGAAAAUCAAUCAAGAAUCAAAAAGUCAAAAGUUUGACUUUCAUACUUAGAAAAAUUUCUAAGUGUUUUUCAAUGGUUUUUUCCAAACUUUGAAAGGGAAUUUCUCAAAAUUUCACCUACAAACUGAAAAAAACUUCCAACAUGAAAGUUGUAGAUUUUGAUCCAAUAAACAACUUUGACACAUAUAAAUUUUUUCCAUAAGAUCAACCAUUUAAGAGAUAUGGUGCUUCAAAGUUGGUACUUUUUGAAAACUUCACUUAAAACUUCAUUUUCUUCAAAGUUCAUGGAACUUUUUCACCCAUUUCCUUAAGAGACUUGAGGAAACUUUCAACUAGGCUUUUGAAGUAUGUAAUAUGAGCUUUCCAAAAUGUCAAAGAGCAUGAAAAAAUAUGGAGUGUAGGUAUGGUUUUGAAUUAUGCAUUUAGUGAUCAUUUUCACUUGAAUUUUCACCAUUUUUCACUAAGUUUCAAGACUACAUGACCUAUAAUCCAAGCAAUGAUGCAAAGAGGCAAUAAUUGAAGAGAUAUUUUCUGAUAUAAGAUCAGAAUGGAAGAGGAUAAGAAGCUUGGGAUUUAACCAUGGUUUAGUAACUUUUAACCAUGUGCAUUAAAUGUAAAGAUUCCAUUUUAUCUUCAAAUGCCAAAUCACCAAUUCUUGAUCAACUUGCAAAGCUUUGUAUUCAGAAACCUUGGCCUAUAAAUAGAGGUCCAAACUUCAUUGCAAAUCACACCAAAACCUCACAAUUAUAGGUUUUCUCUCUUCUUUCUUGAAUUACAAGUCAUGUGUUUCAAAGUGAGGUAGAAAACUCAACCUCCAUCUCUUGCAAGUUCUGACCAAAGUGAUGCUUCCCACAAACCACAAACAUCAUAUGGGAUGUGUUUGAUCCAUCCAUACACCCCAAAUCACCCUAAAUCUCAGAAUCACUCUUCAACCACCAUAUUUGCAUAAAAUGAGCCUUAACAUAUCAAUUCUCAUACCAGGCCAUAUCUGUCCAAGUUAAUCAUCUAAACACACUCCAUAUACUUUACAUGAACUGUUCCAACCAUCAUACAUGAUCUGAAACCUCAAAAUCAACUAACUUGAUCCUCACUUAAGCUAAACUGCAGUUCGGGUACCACAAGGUGAUCAAGAGGUUUCCAGUUCAUUCCAGGCAUUCAAACACAUCACAUAAGGUCCAUUGAAGCUAUCCAGAUCAUCACAAAGCAUCUGUAACACCUCCAGGCACGAUUUCAAUUUCCAGUUUGGCCGUUUUUGAGGUAAGUGCUCAUGAACUUCAAACUCCAUCAUACAUGCAUCAUAAAUGAAAAAUGAACAUACCAUCUUGUUUCUGCACCUAUGAGGAUCAUUAACCCUCAAUCAAUUGCAUCAUAACAUGAUCAUACACGAUUUCACAUUGAAUUUCAGUUCUAGGGUUCUUCGUGUUCAUCAGAAAAUUGAUAGCCUUAGAGUGAAAAUAAAUGAAAUUAAAGAUCACCAUCAUGUUCCUUAUGAAAAAACGAGUGAGAUAGACUAUCUACUUGAUCAAAACAAUCCAGUUUCAAAGAUUUUCAAAAAUCAAAUGGGGAUGGUGUUCUUGGCGCGUUUUUUGUUCAGAAAAUUCAAAUUCUUGUUUUCCAAUAUAACUAAAUGGACGCGUGUAUGUUACAAGCCACGAGCGUGGCUCAGUUGGCUUUUGUUUUGAGAAAUAACCUCCAGGUCGUGGGUUCAACACCCUUAGGGGCCAAAACCUCUUUUUUAUCAUUUUUUUUCUUAUUUUUCUUCACAACUUCACCAUUUGUUUUAACCAAUCAAAUUAACUCAUUUUUUAUUCAUUUUUUAAACACUUCUCAUUUAAUAUAUGUAUUUUAUGAAUAUCCAAAAAAAAUCACAAAAAAAGAUUUAUUUAAUAUGUUUUUAAUUAGGUUUAAAAUGAUACAUUUUUAAGUGUUUUUAAUUACUUUAAAUAUCGUUUUUCAUUUAAUUUUUAACCUAAUCACUUGUAAAUAUUUUUUGUGAUCAAACCCUAAUCAUUUAGGUCUUAAUUAAGCAUUAAAAUUUGUUUUAACUUAAUUAAGUUGACUUUUGUCAAAUUCAAAUCGUUUUAAAACGAACGAUCGCGGUUCUUUUCAAAAACAAUGAACCAUUUCUUUUUGAAACUUUUGAUUAAAUCUUUUAAUUGAUUAAUUGGUUUUCAAAACGAUGUGGGGCCUCUCGAAUAUUAGAGAGUAUAAGACCCACUCUUUUUUCUUUUAUACAGUUUUUCUUUGUACAGAAAACUCUUUCAAAACAAAAUCUUUUCAAACAAUUUUCAAAUCAUUUUCAAAACAACCAAACUUCAAAUUAUUCAAAACUUUUCAAAUAUACCAUGGGCCUCCACGUAGGUAUAAGUCCCAAGCCCCUUUUGUACAUACCCAUUCCAGUACAUGAAAUUAGGUAUUUCAUUGUACGCCUUUCUGUACAUACAUUUUUUGUACAUACACUUUUUGUACAUACUCCUUUUUGUACAUAUCUCAAUCAAUUUGUUUUUAACUUUGAAUAACAAACCAAAAAUGAAGGUUUUCUUUAAAUCUUCCCAAAAAAUAUACCAUGGGCCUCCAUGUAGGUAUAAGUCCCAAGCCCUUUUGUGAAUACCUGUUUACAUAGCUUUGAAUAAACUCAAGUGGACCUCUCCUCGAGUAUAAGUCCCGAGCCCUGUGUAUACAAAUGGAUCAUGCUUACAGGUCUUAGCUAAUUUUGGGAAGUUUUGAGCUUGUUUUGGCCAUGUUUGAAGACUGGUGGGCAGAGCAUAGCGCGUGUCGCGCCCUGGGCCAGUUAUUUUCUUGAAGCUUCAAGCAGAGAGAAGCGCGCGUGGCGUGCUUGGGCGGUUUAACAUUCAAGUGUAAUGGCGCGAUGCGCGCUAGAGGGCGCGACGCGCCCUGGACAGAAAACAGAAUUGCUAUUUAAGGAGCAAAUCAGAUAUUUUUCCAUCUUCUUGAUCUUCUUGAGAGCUCAAAGAACCACAAACCACUGUAGCAACUGAAGAAUUGGAGAAUCAAAGCCUUGAUCGUCGACUAAUCGCCGUAGAUGCUUGUCAUUCUUCAUCCUUACCUUAUUGAGCAAGCAACCAUUUCUAUGGAUAGCUAAAUCUCUUUUGUAUCAAGAUAAGAUGUAAUCCUCCUUGACUUGGGUAUGUUUUUCUUGUGAAUAUGUUAUGUAUGAACAAAUGAUGAUCAA